AUGGCCUCCAGCCAGAAUACGCCAGUACCAUCCGAAAAUGCGUCUCCCGCUCCUUCCGACCCCCCUCCUGGGCCGUCUUCACCCCCGCAGCCCACCACACCUCCGCCGAAUCCUCAACCAUCGCAACCGCCCCCAAGUCCUUCGCCUUCAAACCCUCCGCCUCCGCAACCCUCGACCCCACGGCCGCCUUCCCCGAGUAACCCGCAGCCGCCUCCCCCUCCUUCUCCCUCUUCCCAAGCCCCAGGUCCCACUCCUCCUCCUCCUCCUUCGGAACCCUCAUCUCCUCCGCCCAAUCCUACCCGGACCGCGGGUUCGGAUAACAAUACAACCAUAUUCAUCACCUCCACCGCUUCAAGAGCACCGCCACCUGGCACUGGAGUGCCCAAUUCAACCGGAUCUGGAACACCAUCGGUGCUCCCGCAACCAUCCACCGGUAGUUCAGGCUCGGGAGGCCUGUCAGCUGGUGGCACUAUUGCCCUCGCCGUUGUCCUUCCCGUCGUCUCGGUGGCGCUGAUCAUUCUUCUCAUCCUAUGGUGGUGGAGGAAACGGAAGGCUAGAAAAAUCGCGGAAGAGGAACGGAAGCAAGAAAUCGAAGAGUAUCGCUUCAACCCAAACAACGAUCCCCUCUUGCCUGCAGUGGGUAAUUUCGAUGAUGGCUCGCUCCCGAAAGAUGGAAACAACGGAGGAUAUCGCGGUUGGGGCACAACCAACGCUACCUCUCGGAAGCUGUCAACCAAUCUAUCAAGCGGCGCUGGCGGAAUAACCGCCUCAGAUAAUGGCAGCAACCCAGGCCCUCCGAGACCGGUAUCUCCUCUGGACGACUCCAUCCCCUACGAGGAUGACCACAGGCCCGUAUCGGGUGACUAUUCAGGGCUUGACCCCGCUGCUGCCGCCCGGCGGUGCGUUUGCGGAAAAUCCAUAUAA